AAGCAAGAUCGACCAUCAGCGUCAGGAUAAACACCUCAAAUACAUAUCAUCUUGCAAUUUGCAACUUGUGGUCGUAAUACACCCCUUGGCAAGACAUGUCUAUGCUCGAUCCUCCGACCGUUCCGACGAGCAAGGACUCUGCUCAAUUGGCAUUGCUACAACAAGCAUCCAGCGUGGCUCAACAAGCCAGCCCUCAAUUAGCAGCCCUUUAUCGAGCUCGGGUUCGGCUGCUUUCGGAUCUACCAUCGGAGAGCACUCGAGGCUGGUGUUGUUCCACCUGCGGCAAUUUGAGGGAUGGCUACGGCUGGAAGCUCGUCCGCGGACAGAGAAAGAAGAAGUCUGCACCGAAGGAAAAGAGGAUAAAGAAUAGCCUGGCAGAUGGGUCGGACGUGCUCGGGACCAACGCCGAGGCAGGUCCGAGCAAACCGUCUUUGGCUCAGAAAAACGUCCUGAAGGGGAAAUGCAGUAUAUGUGGCACCGCCUUCAAAUCGAAAGGAUCGAAGAGCGAGGUCGUCGCUAGCUUCCCCUCAGCGAGAUCGGCUGCCAGGCGAACGCGGUCGGGCGCCGGACAAGUCAAUCCUGAAAGGGCGAGCGAUGUUCUGGACUUGACGCCGUCUUCGGUCGUCCCUGUAGAGGUGGAGCUAGACCACUCGAGCCCUGCCAAGCCGCUCACGCCCAACCUCCUGCAAGCGUCGCCAUCGCUGGCUCAUAUCCCAAUAUCCGAUCCAACACCAGCGAGCUCUCCUCUUCCUCCUACUUCUCCAUCAUCUCUGCCAUCCACCUCGACGCCAUCGUCUAGGUCUGCUACACCUGUUGGAGGCGUACCGAAGGGGACGACAGGCAGGAAGAAGAAGAAAUCGGGCUUGGCAAAGUUAUUGGCCGAUAGUGCGGCACGGAAGGAGCAGGAGCAACAGUCUCUGGGAGGCUUGUCUCGCUGGGGAUUGAAUUGAAGAGUUUGUACCCAUGGCUCGAUUGUGUAUCAUCGAUCUUUUGGACUCGCUGUACAACUGUAUUCAAGUACAACCAAGUUU